AUGACAAUAAAAGAUUUUGCAGCCGUUUGUUCCAAAACUCCAUUGCCACUAUGUUCUGUAGUUAAAUCAACAAAACAUUUGGUACUUUCAAAUUCAACGGUUAUCGAUAACUUUAAUCCACAAAAUUUCAGGGUAGGAAUCCUUCCAAGAUGUUACGCCAGACCAAUAGAAUUAGCUAAUACAAUGAUAUUUGGCAUUGGUAAUGCAUUCAUAAAUAUUGGUGCCUUAGGUGUCAUUUUAAUCAUUAUCUAUAAUAUAAGGCAAAAAUAUACCGCUAUUGGGAGAUCUGAAUAUUUGUACUUUUUUCAAUUAAUCCUGCUUUAUAUCAUAUUAACUUUAGUAGUAAAUUGUGGUGUUUCUCCUCCUGGUUCAGAUUCAUAUCCAUAUUUAGUGGCAAUACAUCUAGGUGUUGCAGGCUCUUGUUGUUGGACUUUGUUAAUUAAUGGAUUUUUAAGUUUUAAUCUAUGGGAAGAUGGUACUGUAAAAUCAAUGGUAAUAGUACGAGGAUUCUCCGCAAUCGGAUUCAUAAUGAGUUUCUUAUCUUCAAUUUUAACAUUUAAGUCAUGGAUUCAAGACGACAAAAUAGCAUCAAUGAAUACUACCGCAAUUUUCGUAAUAGUUUACGUUAUAAAUGGUAUUGCAUUGUUAAUUUAUACAAUAUGUCAACUAUUAGUGUCACUAUUAGUUGUACGUAACUUAUGGGUCACAGGCUCAGUAUUUUUGGGACUUUUCUUUUUUAUAGUUGGUCAAGUAUUGGUUUAUGGAUUCUCAGUACAAAUUUGUGAAGGUGUUAAGCAUUAUCUAGAUGGUUUAUUCUUUGGCAGCUUGUGUAAUGUCUUCACCUUAAUGAUGGUAUAUAAAACUUGGGAUAUGACCACUGACGAUGAUCUGGAAUUUAGCGUCAGUGUGAAUAAAGACGGUAAUGUCGCAUAUAAUUGA